AUGACAAUAAGUUGCAUAGUGGAUGCAGCGGCUGUUAACAAUUUGUGUCCAUUACCAUCACAAUUGGAAACUAGAUAUGAUUAUGAUUGGAAAUCAAAAUUAAAUGAAUGGAGUAAUACAAACGCCAAACCUACUUUUCUUCAGCUUGUACUUUCAUGGUCACCAACAUAUUGUGCAUCACUUUCACAAGCAGUUCGAAAUAAAGAAUUUCAAUGUCGUACUAGUAAUAAUUUUGGUUUAGUUGUUCACGGCCUAUGGCCUCAAGCAUCGAAGGCGUCAUCAGUACGAGCCCAUCCACGUAAUUGUCGAAAUGAAAAACAAUUAAAUACAACUUUAAUUAAACGAUUUUAUUGUAUGAUGCCCGAUGAAUAUCUCAUGCAAUCUCAAUGGGAAAAACAUGGUACUUGCCAUUUUACAACAGCAACUGAUUUUUUUACAGCUACUGAAAAUCUAUAUAAAUCAUUAAACAUUCCUGAUAUUCAAUCAAUGCGAAAUCCAACAGCAACAACUAUUAAAAAUUCAUUUCUUACACUUAAUCCAAAAUUAUUUUCAUCAGCUAUACAAGUAUCAACGGAUUCAUUAAAUCGUUUAAAAGAAAUUAAAAUAUGUUAUAAUCUUAACAAACAAUUUGUUAGUUGUUCUUCUUAG